AUGUUGAAUGGGAAGCCCUUGCCCUCUGAGGCCUCUGAUGACGUGAUCAGGUUUGAGGUCGGCUUGCACGAGUGCGGCAAUCGUGUACAGGUGACUCAUGAUGCCCCGGUCUACAGCACUUUUCUGCUCCACACGCCCCGUCCUGUGGGCAAUCUGGCCAUCCUGAGGACUAACCACGCUGAGGUCCCAAUCAAAUGCCAUUAUCCCAGGCAGGGCAAUGUGAGCAGCCUGGCGGUCCAGCCCACCUGGACGCCCUUCAGGACCACCGUGCUCUUUGAGGAGAAGCUGGCCGCCUCUCUGCGCCUGAUGGAGGAGGACUGGAGUGCUGAGAAGAAGACACCCAUCUUCCAGCUGGGAGACCCAGCUCAUCUUCAGGCCGAGGUGCACAUGGGCAGCCACGUGCCACUGCGACUCUUCGUGGACCACUGUGUGGCCACACCGAUGCCAGCCAAGACCACCUCCCCUCAUCACGCCAUCAUUGACUUCCACGGUUGUCUCGUGGACGGUCUCUCGGAUUCUGCCUCGGAAUUCAGAACCCCCAGACCCAGGCCGGAUACUCUGCAGUUCACAGUGGAUGUGUUCCACUUUGCCAAUGACUCCAGGAACAUGGUCUACAUCACGUGCCAUCUGAAAGUCACUCCGGCUGAGCAAGCCCCCGACCAACUGAACAAAGCCUGCUCCUUCAACAAGUCUGCUGACAGCUGGUUUCCGGUAGAAGGCACGAAGGAGAUCUGUGACUGCUGUAACAUAGGUGACUGUGGCACCCCAGGCCUUUCCAGGUGGACUCCCCUGGACCAGCUGACAGUCAGCCAGUGGCAGAAGCCAGCUCCCCGAAGACGCAGGCUUUGUUCCCAGAUCACUGAUCCGCCUUGA